CCACUCCUGGGUGUGGAUCAGUCGCCCAGCAGGCGUAAGAGGCAGCGUGGUCGUUUUAUUACCCCGAGACCUCCUGUUGUGGUGUCCGUCACGGUAUCAAGUGUCGUGGAGUUCCGUAGGUGCCGCCGUGGGAAGACGCAUCAACUCCUGACGAGUCUUUUUCUCUCUUAGUUGCGCCAUGUCAUCAGAAGAAAACAGCGUGGAGAACCAGACUGCUCCCACGAGCCAAGAACCUGAACAACAGAAUGUGGUCAGCCGGGUAGCCAGCCUGCCGCUGGUUAGCUCUACCUACGACAUGGUCUCUGCCGCCUACACCUCCACGAAAGAGACCCACCCCUACCUCAAGUCCGUCUGCGACGUGGCAGAGAAAGGGGUGAAAACCAUCGUGGCCGUGGCCACAAGCAGCGCCCAGCCUCUCUUGACCAAGCUGGAGCCUCAAAUUGCAACGGCUAAUGAAUAUGCCUGCAAAGGCCUGGAUAAACUGGAGGAGAAACUGCCCAUUUUGCAACGGCCCUCUGAGACGGUGGUGGCGGACACGAAGGAGCUCGUCUCCACCAAAGUGACGGGCGCCCGGGACGCCGUCUCCAGCACCGUCAACAGCACCAAGGGAGCCGUGACCAGCAGCGUCACCGGCAUGAUGGGCCUGGCCAAGGGGGCCGUGCAGGGCAGCGUGGAGAUGACCCGGUCGGUGGUGGCCGGCGGCGUGAACACGGUCAUGGGCUCCAGAGUUGGACAGAUGGUGGCGACGGGUGUGGAUGCGGUGCUAGGCACCUCCGAGAAGCUGGUGGAUCAUUACCUCCCAAUGACGGAUCAAGAGUUGGCCGAAUUGGCCACCUCUGUGGAGGGCUUUGAGAUGGCCACCGUAGAGCAGCAGAAAGAGCGACGCAGCUAUUUCGUGCGCCUGGGGUCUCUCUCCAGUAAGCUCCGUCAGCGGGCCUACCAACACUCCCUGGCCAAGCUGAAAGACGCCAAGCAAGGCACCCAGGACGUCCUUUCGCAGCUCCACCAAACCAUCGUGCUGAUUGAACAUGUCAAACAGGGUGUGGACCAGAAACUACAGGGCGGUCAGGAGAAGCUACACCAGAUGUGGCUGGACUGGAACCAGAAGCAAACUGGGAGGGAUGAGGCCUUGGACUCAUCGGUGCAGCCUGAGGUCGAGUCCCAGACUUUGGCCAUGUUCCGGGGCCUCACCCAUCAGCUUCAGCUGUCUUGCGUGACCCUCAUGGCCAGCGUCCAAGGGCUUCCUGCCAGCAUCCAGGAAAAAGUCCAGCAGGUCCGCCACACCGUGGAGGAGCUCCACUCUUCCUUCUCGGCCGCCAGCUCCUUCCAAGACGUGCCCAACGCCAUCUUGCUCCAGAGCCGUGAACGGAUCGCCAAGGCUCGGGGGUCUGUGGACGAGAUGGUGGACUACGUGGUACAGAGCAUCCCUCUUCCGUGGGUGGUGGGCCCCUUUGCCCCCAAUCUGGUGGAACAUCCUGAGGAGCUAAGCGUUGACAACGGGAAGGCCGGCGAUGGCCUCCAAGCCCAGGAAAACCCCGACAAGAAACCUGGUAGCCCGCAACAGGAAUCCUCUGAGCCGAAGAAGGAUCCUUAUCCGGAGGUCCGGAUCGAUAUUGCGGACUGCGGCGACGGCGGACGGGGAGCCAGUCUCUUGUUUCAACCGGGAGCCCACAAUGGCCUCAUGCCUGGGCCCAGCCUGAAGGUCGCUUGGGAGUUUACUCGCGGUCAGCCUUGGAGAGGCAGACAAUACCAGUCGGAUCGCCGGCCCAGCCUUCAAGCUAAGGAAUGGCAUUUGGCCUCUUGGCGCAUGAUCUGCAAGCGCAUGAUCAAAUUCUGUGGCGUCCACGCACCAAAAGCCCCUGCCCAAACAUGUGGGCGCACGCACAAGGAAAGCCCUUUGGUGAAACUGAACCUCAGGUUGCCAUUGCAUCAAUCGCGAAAGGGGAGUCACUCCGGAGUAUAUAAGGACCGGAGUUGGGCGGGCCCCGCAGCGCGGUUGCUGGAGCCGAACCGGAGGACGCUGCUGCACCUCACCCUGACCAUGGCUUCCACCGACAGUGCUGCCUCCUCACCACCGCCAGCAGAAGAGCAAGACCAGAAAAGCAUGGCUGACAGGGUGGCCAACCUGCCCCUGGUCAGCUCUGCCUACGACAUGGUGUCCGCCGCGUACGCCUCUACCAAAGAGAGCUACCCGUAUGUGAAAUCCGUCUGCGAUGUGGCUGAGAAAGGGGUGAAAACCAUCGCUUCUGUGGCUGUCAGUGGAGCCCAGCCCCUUCUGGACAAAUUGGAGCCACAGAUUUCAACAGCCAAUGAAUAUGCGUGCAAAGGAUUGGACAAAUUGGAAGAGAAGUUGCCAGUCCUUCAACAGCCAACGGAUAAGGUGAUCUCAGACACCAAGGAGCUGGUCACGUCCACAGUGACCGGGGCGAAGGACGCUAUAAGUAGCACGGUGACUGGGAUGGUGGAUAAAACCAAAGGCGCUGUCCAAGGGGGCAUGGAGAUGACAUGGUCGGCAGUCCAAGGGGGCGUGGAGAUGACCCGGUCGGCGGUCCAAGGGGGCGUGGAGAUGACCCGGUCGGCGGUCCAAGGGGGCGUGGAGAUGACCCGGUCGGCGGUCCAAGGAGGUGUGGAGAUGACGCAGUCAGCGGUGUCUAGCAGCGUCAACACGGUGUCAUCGGUGGGGCACAUGGUAGCUAGCGGUAUGGACGCUGUACUUGGGAAAUCGGAGGCGCUGGUGGACCACUAUUUACCACUGACAGACGAAGAGCUGGCCAAACUGGCCACCUCUGUGGAGGGCUUUGACAUGGCCACCGUUGAGCAGCAGAAAGAACAACGCAGCUACUUCGUGCGCCUGGGGUCUCUCUCCAGCAAACUCCAUCACCGGGCCUACCAACACUCCCUGGCCAAACUGAAAGACGCCAAGCAGGGCACCCAAGACGUCCUUUCUCAGCUGCAGCAAACCAUCGUACUGAUUGAGCAGCUCAAACAAGGAGUGGAUCAGAAAAUCCAAAGCGGGCAGGAGAAGUUGAAUCAGACGUGGCUGCAGUGGAGACAACAGCAGAAUCCGGAGGCGAGCCAGAAAGAUGUGACAACCGGGCCUGAGCAAAUUGAGUCGCGUGCUCUGGAGGUGUCCCGUGGCCUUGCUCAGCAGCUCCAGUCGGCCACCCUGGCUCUGGUUUCCAACCUCCAAGGUUUGCCCGCCGGCCUCCAGGAGAAAGUGGGGCUCGUCCGGCAGAAUGUCGAGGACCUCCGGGCUUCCUUUGCGUCCGCCGGGUCCUUUCAGGAUUUGUCUAGCUCCGUCUUGGCCCAGGGCAGGGAACGGCUCACCAAGGCCCGUCAGCUGUCGGAAGAGCUAGUGGACCACGUUGUCCAUAACGCCCCCCUCUCUUGGGUAGUGGGGCCUUUUGUCCCGUCUGGCAAGGCAGAGGGGGAAGAAAUAGAAAUGGAGUAGGAUUGUUUUGGGCCCUUCUCUGUUCUUGGUGAAGGGGGGAAUCGAGCAUAUUUUCUCAAGAGUAGGUUGUUCUAUUCGUAGCUUCCAAGCGGGCCUUACGCAAAGGGGGAAAUAUAACUUGCCUCACGCUUCCGUAUAGGACGUCCGGGCGCAAAAAAUCUCAGUGGGAGAGAAAAUGGGUUCGUGGUGCAGGGUGCGGUUUUGGAAUGGUUCAUUUGUCUCUCCUACUUGAGCCAGGCUGCGGCCUAGUUGGAACGCAAGCUUUGGCUGCCAUCUUGGUGUAUCUUCCUUAACCCAAGUUAGCCAAGUCUUAAAUACUAAAACUGCCGUCUCCCAGAGGGAUUUUUCUUCUUCACCCAAUUCCCUAUUCAAAGCAGAACUUUCUCCUCCUUUUUGUAAAGGGCGUAGAGUCCUUCACUUUCUGAAUAACUGUGGCCAAAGUUCCCGAAGUGGAGUUUUGGCUAGCGUGCCUGAAGCCGGUUUGGCCAUUUGGAAAUGCCAAAGAUGGCCGUGAGGUCACGGCCUCGGAAAAUGAGACGUCCUGUGUUGCACGGCGCUUGACGUCCACGCUGGAAAACUAGAGGGAAGCGUUGAUGUAGCAAGAUGUCUGCCACCGUAGGAGGAGGGAAAAGGGACUUGUUCUUGCAUCACUGAGGUUGGAUCCAGACUUUCCCACACUUCGAGUAGACCCAUCAAAUUGAUGGGACUCACAUUAGUUGUUACUAAAUUAAGUCCCAUCGGUUUCACUGGGUCUACUCCAGGUAGGGCUAGAUCUGGAAGCAACCUUCAUAUCUCCGCACAACUCAAAAGUUCAAAAGCAGCUGAUUAAAAGAGACUAUUUUUGCAGGUGCCUUAAAAGAUAUGUGCCAAAAGACUUGGUUGGAGGCUUGAAUUGAGCUUCUCCGUUGUAUAAUCCAGCAGUGCGUUUCUAAAUAUGGAUUGUCUCCACAUUUCUUAUAUGCGAUUCGAUUCCCUUCCUAUGACUCGCUUUGUUGUCAUUUUUUUUUUACACCCUGUG